CUGUUACACUUUCAGCUGGCCAGUUUGCCAUGCUGCUCUCAGCGCACCUUUAACCUGCGGAUACAUGAAACAUACGGAUUACCGGACACACACGCACGCAAGGGCUCGUUUGCUGUCGUUUCAGACACUGAUCUGACCGUUUCCAAGCUUUUUUUUAGUGUUUAGUGAAGGAAAUUUGGGGAUAAGAUGGCGGAUGUGGCCCCAGCCGGCGUGGAGAAGAGUCUGGAUGACUUCUUCGCUAAGCGCGACAAGAAGAAAAAGAAGGAGAAGGGCAAGGGAAAGGAGCAGGCGACAAGUGGAGCCACAAUGGCGGUGAAAAAGACGAAACGGGAGAAGGAGAAGUCGACGAAGAGUGAGAAUCAAGACGCGCAGAUGGAAAAGGAGGACGAGGAAUGGAAGGACUUUGAGCAGAAGGAGGUGGACUACACUGGACUCAGACUCCAGGCCCUGCAGAUGAGUGAUGAGAAGGAAGAGGAAGAGUACGAGAAGGAGGAAGUGGGUGAGGAUGGUGAGAUCAUACUGGUCACUGGCGAUAAAGUCUCUGGACCCUGGAAUAAAUCGAGCGGCCCCCCUUCAGCUGCUCCGGAAGAGGAAGUUGAGGUACCUGAGCCCAAAGCACCUGGCGUGUAUCGUCCCCCAGGGGCCCGGUUAACCUCUACUAAGAAGGGGCCGACUCAAGGUCCUCCGGAGAUCUUCAGUGACGCCCAGUUCCCCUCUCUCCUCUCCACCGCCAGACACGUGGAGACUCGCAAGGACAGAGAGAUGGAGAAGACUUUCGAGGUGGUCAAGCAUAAGAGCCGGGUGAGAGAAGGUGAAGGCCCGGGCUCCAUGCAGCAACUACAGUUAGAUAAUCAAUAUGCCAUCCUGGGGGACAAAUAAAAGCUAUCUCCCCCUCCCCCCCAAGCCUACCGCCAAUGGUACAGUAAGACUCGCAGGGGGAAAGUGACCUGCAGCUGUCUGAUGCAGUCCUGAUUGAGCUGGAGACGCCUGUGCUCAUUUACACACACACACACACACACACACACAUGCACAGAACAAUACACAAAUAUCCCAGUAGACCCUGUCAAGCAACACCCACAAAUGAACAUAUUUUGACACAUUUAGCCAUCAAAAUCCUCUCAUACACACGUGGACACGACUGAUAAAGGCACUCCCUUAUCAACUGCAUUCAAACGGGCUGCCGCAACAGGAACUGACUGAAAUUUCAAAUACUGCUUUAUACGACACCGUUCACCAAGAUGAAUGACACCGCAUCAAGGCACCAAAUGUUUAUUACGGUGGAUUUCUUCAUGGGGUUGGUUGGCUGGCAGAGCCACUGGACAUCGGCCAACCCUGAGAAAAUGAGAAAAGCCACUUUGAGGAUGGAGUUCAAGACAUUGGGUGAGAGUUAAACCAACCAACAAACAAACAAAAACUGUUGAGGGUUUUUUUUUUCUUUGCUACAUCAGUAUAGCUCCCAAACCAUUGGAUUUUUUUUUUUCUUCUUACAUCGUGAUGACCGAAAGCUGGGAAUUUGGGACACUAGAGAGUGGAGACUACCUCAGUUACAAAUCUGCGGUUACCAUGUCGACCAGCUCCUGGGCUCUGAUUGGCUGCAGGAAUUAACAUCAAUCCAGCCAAAGAGGAGCGACUCAAUGUUUCAACCUUAAACUUAAUUCUUUUUUUUUUUUUCUCGCCAUUUUGCAAGAUCUGUCGACAAAGGUGUUAAGUCUUCAAAUUUACAUUUUUGAAGUGGCCUUACUGUGGGGAAAAAAAAAGAUAUGAAAGUGAUGGGAGAUAUAUAUAUUUAGAGAAUGUGUUACAAUAGUGUUUUGGAUGACACUUCCUGGUUGUUUUGCCGGUAAAACCUGCUUGAUGUGUUUCUUAUCUCUCUGAGGAGUAAAAACCGCUUCCGUAUCCCUCUGAGAAUGUAGUUCUUCGCUAGUUUGUCAACAUAUUGCAAAUAAUGGAUUUUCUCUAACAAUGUCCCUUUAACCCUUUCAUCCCUGUUCCUCUCCUCAUUUUAUUUGAUUCCAUGAUGAUUGAUAAACCAUUAUUAAAGCUUAACCUUUCUAAUCUCA